AUGGUACAGCAAGGAAUUAUCCCGGGUGAAUCACCCCUUACAAUAGCAGAAUGGCGAAGAAUCCAGGAGAGAGCAGCAGGGCCGGAUCGACUGCUAGCUCUUCUUGAAACGGCACAACGAGACAACGAAACAUCUAAGGCGUGGAUAUCACUAGCAGAUCCGGCCCAGAUCUGUGAACAAUGGGAUCAGGUGUCGGCUCUCCGAGCCCAGGGAGAAGAUCUUCCGCUUUUUGGCGUCCCUUUCGCCGCGAAGGAUAACAUCGAUGCUGUAGAAUUCCGAACCACUGCGGCUUGUCCGUCGUUUUCUACCGAGCCAGCAAAGUCAGAUGCGACUGUUGUUGCACGGCUUAAGGCCCAGGGGGCUAUUUUGAUCGGGAAGACGAAUUUGGAUCAGUUUGCGACCGGGCUUGUGGGAACUCGAUCGCCAUACGGGGCGGUCAGCAAUGCCUUUGACCCCCUUCGAGUCAGCGGUGGUAGUAGCUCAGGCAGUGCUGUGGUGGUGAGCAAGGGAAUUGUGCCGUUUGCGCUGGGAACUGAUACGGCGGGCUCUGGUCGGGUUCCAGCAGGAUUGAAUAAUGUGAUUGGAUUGAAACCAACUAGAGGUAUGCUGAGUACGCAUGGCGUGGUCCCAGCUUGUCGAUCCCUGGACUGUGUGUCCAUCUUUGCGUUGACAGUGGAUGAUACCGAAUUGCUUCUUGACCUAUCUGCUGGAUACGAUAGUGCAGAUUCAUACUCGCGGACACGAGACGAGGCCCUCGCAUGUAAGUCCCUCCGGGAACUGCCCACAGAACCGGUACUCGCUAUCUGUGCUAGCCCUCAGUGGUUUGGUGGCACUGAGCAUGCCGCGGCAUACCAAAAAGCAUUGGAAAGAGCCGGACGGCUGGGGUGGACAUGCGAGGAAGUUGAUUUCACGUUGCUGUUCAACAUGGCCAGCUUAUUAUACGAAGGCCCAUGGGUUGCGGAACGAUAUGCCGCCAUCGAAGAGUUCAUCCGUGCAUCACCGGCCGAGGCGAUGGACCCCGUUGUCAGAAAGAUCAUUCUCCAAGCCGACAAUUUCACAGCGUCUGACGGUUUCAAAUAUGAAUACCGUCGACAGGCGCUACGCCGAGAAAUCGAGAAAGCAUUCGGGCGUUACGACGCACUUUUGGUGCCCACUUCCCCUACAUUUCCCACGAUACAGGAAGUGGCAAAAGACCCGAUCGUGGAGAAUAGUCGUUUGGGAGUCUAUACCAACUUUGUCAACUUCAUGGACUGGACAGCUCUUGCCAUACCAGCUGGCUGGCGGGACGACGGCUUGCCAUUUGGCAUAACCAUGAUCGCAGGACCGUGGGAGGAGCCGCGCCUACUGGAACUCGGCCAUCGAUGGCUCUCUGGUACGACACGCCGGCUGGGUGCAACUGACAUACAACAUCAAGAAUCCGAACACCGAUCUCUUUCAGGGGUCAGAGACACCAUGCCCUUGGCGGUCGUAGGCGCACAUCUCUCCGGCUUCCCUUUGAACGGUGACCUGGUCAAGAGAGGGGCAACCCUGACCAGCGUGACGACCACCGCGCCAACUUACCAACUAUAUGCGCUGCAAACGACAUUUCCCCCAUUAAAGCCGGGGCUGAAACGUGUCACAGAAGGGGGGCAACGCAUAGAGGUAGAGGUCUGGGACAUGCCACGGUCGGAAAUGGGAAGUUUUCUGGAAACAGUCAGAGCACCAUUAGGAAUCGGGUCGAUAGAGCUCGAGGAUGGUUGCUGGGUCCACGGAUUUCUUUGCGAGCCAGCAGGCCUGGAGAAUGCAAAGAAUAUCAGCGAAUUUGGCGGCUGGCGCGCCUAUAUCAGCGACCAAACAUCCUCAACUUCAUGUUCAUCCCCAACCUUGUCUUCGCCGCCGAGUAGCGUUGGAACCCAGCCAAUCACCAGAGUGCUUGUGGCUAACCGUGGAGAAAUUGCCAUGCGCAUUAUUCGAACCCUGAGAAAGAUGGACCUUGUCUCGGUGGCCAUCUACGCCACAGCCGACUCAUGCUCACCGCAUGUGACAGCGGCGGAUAUUGCCCUACCACUAGAGGGGCAUACUGUGGCGGAGACCUAUCUGAAUGGCGAUCAGAUAAUGCAGCUGGCCAGCCGGGCCGAGGCGCACGCCGUGAUUCCAGGAUACGGCUUCCUUGCAGAAAAUGCCGACUUUGCGGCGGCGGUGGAGGCCGCCGGGCUUGUUUGGAUCGGGCCAACGCCCGAGCAGAUGCGUGCAUUAGGGCUAAAGCAUCGAGCUCGAGAAAUCGCGAUUGCCGCCGGAGUGCCAGUGGUACCUGGUAGUGAAGAUCUGGUGUCUAGUCUAGAUACAGCUCUCGAAGAAGCGGAUCGUAUCGGAUAUCCAGUGAUGGUAAAGAGCACGGCCGGCGGCGGUGGGAUCGGCCUCCAUCGGUGUGACAAUGCCGACGCAUUACGGGAGGCAUUUGAUGGUGUCCGGCAGCUCGGUCAAGCCAACUUCGGCGAGGAAGGUGUUUUCAUCGAGCAUUUCAUCAAAAAUGCACGGCACAUUGAGGUGCAGGUUCUCGGCGACGGUGCCGGCCGUGUGCUCUGUGCCGGGGAACGCGACUGUUCACUCCAGCGGCGAAAUCAGAAGGUUGUAGAAGAAAGUCCAGCCGCUUUUGUGUCACUGGAGACCCGAUCGGAGAUGCGUCGAGCGGCUGCAUCAUUGGCAUCCACAGUUGAGUAUCGCAAUGUUGGCACAGUGGAGUUUAUCUUUGAUGUUGACACGCAGAAGUUCUACUUUCUGGAAAUGAACACCCGUCUACAAGUAGAGCACCCCGUCACAGAAGCCGUUACAGGACUGGAUCUUGUUAAGUGCAUGGUGUCUAUUGCGAUGGGUGAUUGUGAGGCGUUGUUCGAGAAGACAGCCAGUGACUUGUCCGUCACCGGCGCUGCUAUUGAGGUUCGAAUCUACGCCGAAAGCCCCCUUCAAGAUUUUCGGCCCUCUCCGGGCACGCUCCUGGACGUUAAAUUCCCCUCCGAUGUCCGUGUUGAUACCUGGGUAGAAACUGGAAUCCAACUCUCUAGCUCAUAUGAUCCACUUAUUGCAAAAGUCAUUGUCCAUGCUGCGGAUCGCCCGUCAGCCAUUAAAAAGUUAGCAGACGCACUAUCGAAGACAGCCAUCACUGGAGUGGAGACAAAUAUUGCGUACCUCCAGCAAAUCAUUUCCUCCGAAAUUUUUCAGUCGGGUAGCUUCUCUACCAGGUCGUUAGACUGGUUUAUCUAUGAAUCAGCUGCUGUUGAGGUUAUUGAACCUGGAUCUCUGACAUCCGUGCAGGAUUUUCCGGGUCGUGAUGGUCUCUGGCAUGUUGGGAUACCUCCAUCUGGGCCAAUGGACAGCUAUUCUUUCCGGCUGGCUAAUCGUUUGGUUGGAAAUGAUGCGACCGCUGCAGCGAUAGAGUGCUCUAUUCAAGGCCCAAACCUGAUAUUUCAUUGUGCGAGCAUCGUCGCUCUAGUAGGCGCCGAUAUGCCACUAUACAUCGAUGGAAUGCAGGCCGAAAGCCGUCGAGCAAUUCUUCUCCACCCCGGACAGCGGCUAGAAAUCGGAACAGCCACAAACGGGGCUAGAGCCUAUCUUGCAGUUCGGGGCGGUAUUCAGGUUCCAUUGGUCAUGGGGAGUCGGGCGACCUUCGCAUGUGGCCAUGUGGGAGGACACAAUGGCCGCAACCUUCGAGCUGGAGAUCUUCUCCCUUUGGUUGCAAAUGUUUGUGACGAUGAAGCCCUCUUCUCUCGUGAGGCUCCAGCUCCACCACUACCAGCCCGGGAGACACGAAAGUGGAAAGUAGCUGUUACUCCAGGCCCACAUAGCAGUCCGGACUACUUCACCCAAUCUGGGUUGUUGGAUUUGCUGACAAGCGAAUGGACAGUUCAUUAUAAUAGUAAUCGAAUGGGAAUCCGACUCAACGGCCCUAAGCCCGAAUGGGCUCGUUCAACAGGUGGAGAAGCUGGACUGCAUCCAUCCAAUAUCCACGACAGUCCAUAUUCUAUUGGUAGCGUCAGUUUUACGGGUGACGAGGCCGUGAUAUUGACUGCCGAUGGACCAAGCCUUGGGGGUUUUGUUGUUUUUGCCGUCGUUGUCGAAGCCGAGAUGUGGAAAUUAGGACAGAUGAGGCCGGGAGACUAUCUUCAGUUCAGUCUUAUCUCUGUUGAAGAAGCGCAAAACUUAACAAUGGACUUGGAGCAGUCCAUCCAGAAUCUGGAACCACUGCCAGAUAAUCGCCGGGCAGGUGGGAAUGCCAAAAGCGUGCCGAGUCCAGUUGUUAAAGAUAUUCGGGAGGCUGGUCGUCGCAUAUUGUGUCGCCAGGCAGGUGAUCGCGCACUGAUUCUGGACUUUGGCGACGAGGAUGGAUUUAAUAUGCGCCAGACCUUUCAUAUCUUGAGCUUCAUCAACAGACACAUCGAUACUCCUAUUCCUGGGGUGCAGGAGCUCACACCUGGAGUGCGAAGCCUACAUAUUCGCUUCGAAUCAGGGACUUCACUGCCCCAUCUUCUAGACGCGCUGGUUUCCCAUGAGAAAUCCUUAGGACAUAUUCCAUCUCGUCUGCCCUCGCGUACUAUCCAUUUGCCUCUCGUUUUUGACGACGAGUUGAGCCGCAAAGCCAUCUCUCGAUAUGCAUCAACAAUACGAUCAUCCGCUCCCUAUCUUCCAAGCAACAUCGAUUUCCUGCAAGAGCUGAACGGGCUUGACACCCCAGAUCAGGUAUCAGAACCUCUUUAUUCAGGUACCUUUCUGGUUCUCGGACUGGGAGAUGUGUAUCUCGGCUCCCCAUGUGCAAUUCCUCUUGAUCCACGACACAGGCUUUUUGGGACAAAAUACAACCCCUCGAGAUCUUUUACGCCGCGUGGUGCAGUAGGAAUUGCAGGUCAAUAUCUCUGCAUCUAUGCAACAGAUUCUCCCGGCGGGUACCAACUAGUUGGCCGUACUCUCCCGAUAUGGAAUGAGUUCAAGACGUCAGGAUUUGGAGAGCAAGGGACACAAGGGAAACCGUGGCUGUUCUCGCUUCUGGACCAAAUCACAUUCUAUCCGGUUUCGGAGAUUGAGCUCAACUCCUGUAUAGAGAAACGGACAUACCAUGACCUCAUUAAAGUCAUCCCAACUGAGUUGGAUGUUGAUGAAUAUGAGCAAUGGCUGAAUAGCAACAGCUCAGACAUCAACGCUGUUUGUGAGCGUCGGAAAAAUGUCUUGCAACAAGCGAGCUUCUUGGAAGAGCUGCUAAAUCCUUGCGAUGCAGUCUCGUUGAUGCCAUCCGAGCCUCGAGAAAAUACUGAAGCGGUCCUUGGACAGUGCGUUAAGGCACAACUGCCCGGGAGAUGUUUUCGAUGUGCUGUCCAGGAAGGUGAUGACGUUCAAGAAGGCGAUGCCCUGAUCUGGAUUGAAUCCAACAAGAUGGAAGUAAAGAUUUGUUCACCAGUCAGCGGGAGGUGUACACGGUUGCUGGUUCAACAGGGAGAAAUCAUUAGACCAACUGAUGAUAUUGCCAUAAUAGAGUAG